GGCGGCGCUGCCACCCACCCGGCUGCCCAGCGGCGUGCUUCUCCCGGGGCAGCGCGGCCGUUGCCAUAGCUACAGACACAGCCUGGCGAGGAGGGGGCGGGCCCGGGCGACGUCAUUCCCAGCGCGACGCAGCUCGGCGCCUCCCGCCUCUUUCGGAUGAGAGACCCUCCGCCCGCCUCCCAGGCUCUCCACCUGCGCGCCCUCCCCCACCCGUCCCCUCCCCGGGCUCUGCGCCGGCGCGGUGCCCGCCGGAGCUCGCGGGGGAGCCCGCGAGGCGCAUGCGCUGUGCGGGGCCCGCCGCCGCUCUGGUGUCGCCGCCGCCGCCGCCGCCGCCGCCUCCCUGCCGGCGAGUGUGGGAAGGAGGAGCUGAGGGUCGCCGCCGCCGCCGCCGCCGCCAUGGGGAGGAAGUCGAGCAAAGCAAAAGAGAAGAAACAGAAGCGGCUGGAGGAGCGAGCAGCCAUGGAUGCUGUCUGUGCCAAAGUGGAUGCUGCCAACAGGCUUGGAGACCCGCUUGAGGCUUUCCCAGUGUUCAAGAAAUAUGACCGGAAUGGGUUAAACGUCUCCAUUGAAUGUAAGCGAGUGUCCGGCCUGGAGCCAGCCACUGUGGAUUGGGCCUUCGACCUGACCAAGACCAACAUGCAGACCAUGUAUGAGCAGAGCGAGUGGGGCUGGAAGGACCGAGAGAAACGCGAGGAAAUGACAGAUGACCGAGCCUGGUACCUCAUCGCUUGGGAAAACAGUUCGGUCCCCGUCGCCUUUUCUCAUUUCCGGUUUGACGUGGAGUGCGGGGAUGAAGUCCUGUACUGCUACGAAGUGCAGUUGGAAAGCAAGGUGCGGCGGAAAGGCCUGGGGAAGUUCCUCAUACAGAUCCUGCAGCUCAUGGCCAACAGCACACAGAUGAAGAAAGUUAUGUUAACGGUAUUUAAGCACAACCAUGGCGCCUACCAGUUCUUCAGAGAAGCACUGCAAUUUGAGAUCGACGACUCUUCCCCAAGCAUGUCCGGUUGCUGUGGGGAGGACUGCUCCUAUGAGAUCCUGAGCCGGAGGACCAAGUUUGGGGACAGCCAGCACUCCCACUCUGGGGGGCACUGUGGUGGCUGCUGCCACUGAACUCCCAAGCUCUCUCCAAGACCUGUCCUCUCCCCGGUCUCUCACCGCUUGCCAGGUGCCCUCAGAGCUGUGGCCUCCUCGGCCCCGACCCUGGGGAGGAGUGGUCUGCGCCACCCCUUACUCUCUCCUAGAAGAGCAGGGUGCCGGGAGGGAGCAGAGGAGAGGGUGCUGCGGGAAGAGCCUGUGGGGGCCGGGUGCGAGCCGCAUCCUCUCAUGGUGGCUGACUUCUUACUCGGCCCUGAGCCCCUGAGCGUGAGCUUCUCCGACGUCCCCACAGCUGGAUUCCUGACAGGCCCCCCUCCCUACCACACACACUGCUGGACAAAUGGAGUGUUUAUUCCCACCUUCCUGAAAGCCCUGGAGCCCUGGGUCAGGGUCUGGCUGGUUCCCAAAGAGGAAUGGACGUGGUGUAAGGUCUGACUGUAGAGAGAGGCGUCAGAGAGACUCCCGCUUCCUGGAUAGGAUGCUCGGAUGGAGAGCUCGGGAAGGUCUUUUGUGCCACAGCACAGGGAAGCAAGGGAGCGCUCUCUGGCUGUGCCUUCGUGGAUCCACAGUUAGAGUGGAGUUGUCCCGGGGGACCAGCCGACCUGGGAGAAAAGCUGCCCCCCCCCCCCCCCCCCCCAUUGCUGUUGGUGAGGGGCCCAGAGGACCAGGAGCAGGUGUGAGUGGGGCCUGCCGUGGAAACUAUGGCUUCUCUGAGCUUUGGGACUUGGCUGCAUCCUGACCUUAACCUCUUGAUCCAAGGCAAUGACUCAAGAUUUUUAUUCACGGAAAAGAGCCGGAGCCCUGCCUGCUCUUCUUCAUCACCUCUCACCACUUUCUCCCCUGCCUCUCACCCCACUCAAUACCCCUGUUCUUUCUUGCAAGGAGGGAAUAACAUCAGGGAGCCCCUCAUCUUCCCCCAGAAAACCCCUUAUUCCUGCUGUAAAUUAUACCGUGUCCUCUCUCAUAUCUUGGUGCUGUCAGCUCUCUGAAGGUGGGCAUCCCUCCGUACCGCCACUCCCUCUUUGGAGAGCCCCCAGCCAGCAGCAGGCCCCCUGCCUGCACUCCCCAGCCUACCACCCCCACCCCCACCCCCGCCGCCUCAGGAAGGCACCUCUCAGUGGCCAGACAGCUGCUUUUCUCUCUGGUAUCACCUGCAGCAGCGGGUGGGAGCAGGAGAAGCUUCCUCCCCUCUCGUGGGAUGGAGAGGGUGCAGGGUCAGAGCUUAGUCUCACCCUCAUCCCCAGACCUUAUUCCCCUUCCAGGGAAGAAAAUGACCAAAUCCUUAUCCAGGAAAAAGCACCCACCACCUCCCUUUGAACAACCUUGAGCUCUGCCUUAGGGAGCAUCUCAAAGGUUCUGCCUUUGCGAGGUUGCUCCCAAGGAGGUCUGUCAGUCCUUCUGACCUCAGUCCAUUUGCGCCCCCACCGUCUGCCCUGACUCAGGCCGCUUGUACCGGCGGAUCUCCCGGAGCUUCUCCCCCCCGAUUCCUGCCUGGGCCAGGCCUGUGUGCACAGCCUCUCUGCCGAGUGCUCUGCGCUGCUCUUGACCUGCCAGCAGUGGACGUGGCACUCCCUUGGAGAGGACCUUGCAGCUUUACACUGGAAUAAGCCCACCUUUGCCCCUGCCCUACUGGCUCCCAGGAGAUUUUACCCAAAGGGGAGAGUUUUCAUUACUGGGAGGGCAUUGGAGGGCACCUUCCAAGAAUCAUGGGAUAACAGAAGCAUAUUUAGCAAGAGCUUUUCCUCUGAUCCCUGCUGUCUGUUGAAGGACACAGAAUGAGAAAUAUUUAUUGUCUUAGAUCAUGGGUUUCUGAUACCUCCUGCUCAAGGGGACCAAAAAGGACCCCAGUGUAAAUCCCACAUAAAGGGAGUUAAGUGUACAUGUCUCCCCUCAUUGGACACCUGGCACCGAGCCCCGUUGGUAGCCGGGCACUUGGUGUUGGGCCCUGCUUGUCCAGCUGCCUCUGCCACUUCCCAAGGGCUGCUGGGGGGUCGGGCUGGUCAGGGAGGCGCUGCCUGAGACCUGCAGGUCACUCCAUUGUUGGUGUUGAGCCCAUUCAGUCCUCAACCAUCAGUCUCUCCAUUUCCCCAAGGUCUUGGUUUUAAGAAGGAUAGCAGGCCUUUUACACCAGGCUUUUUGGUUUGUUUGUUUGGGGCGUGUUAAGAUACUAAUUUUGAGAUUUGUUUUUUAGUUGUAUCCACCCUAUUUCAGGUUAUUUUCAUUGAUUGUCAGAUGUGUAUGGUUCUUUUUAACCCUUUCUGUUUUUUUGUGUUUUUUUUUUUUUUAGAGGAAACUUUGAAGAUAAACUCCUUGAUAUAUAUAUAUAUAUAUAUAUAUAUAUAUAUAUAUAUAUAUAUUUUCUUUAGCAACUUGUUAUCACUGGAAUCAAAGGGAAAAAGUGAUCUCUUUUUGCAUUGGUUGUAUUUGUAUGUCACAAA